UUUUCUGUUUGUUGAACUCAAUAAGUUUGUAUUUAACCAAAUCUAUCGCUUGACUAUUUUUAUCUGUGUUCAUGAUAAUGAAAUAAAUUCAAGUAUUUUCUGUUGUUGUUAUUCAUAAUUCAGGUCGGAACGGUGAAUUUAUAUCAUAUCAAAAUGUUAAUUCAAUCAAUAGUCAUUCUACUGGAGCAAUAUCGAAUGUUGAACAUUAUGAAGAUUUUGAAACUAUCGACUGGGUCAAAGAUGUUUCACGUGAUCGAUGUCGUCAUCGAGAACUUCAUUUGAAUAGAAAAACAUGCUGUGGUUCAAUUAAAGCCUGUUGGGAUUCUGCUUCUGGAUGGUUUUGUGUAUUAUGCGUCGGUUUGUUAACAGGUUUCAUUGCUUGUAUAAUUGAUAUUGGUUGUACUUGGAUGUCUGAUUUAAAAGAGGGUGUUUGUCUAGAUGCAUUUUGGUUCAACCGUGAACAGUGUUGUUGGUCAUCAAGUCAAGCGGAUGAUGUCUGUGAUCAAUGGUAUUCAUGGUCUCGUCUUUUCAUGAACAAAGAUCCAACUGGUGAAUAUCCAGAUGCUUACUUUGUUGGUUACAUAUUCUAUAUUAUUUAUGCUGUAUUAUUUGCCCUAGUUUGUGUAUUUCUUGUUCGUAUGUUUGCUCCUUACGCUUGUGGUAGCGGUAUUCCUGAAAUUAAGACUAUUCUUGGUGGAUUCAUUAUACGUGGUUACUUAGGGAAAUGGACUCUUCUAAUAAAAUCGAUUGGUAUGAUUCUUGGAGUAGGUGCUGGUUUAAAUCUUGGUAAAGAAGGACCCAUGGUCCAUAUGGCUGCCUGUGUUGGAAAUAUAUUUGCACACUUCUUUCCCAAAUAUGGUCAAAAUGAAGCUAAAAAACGUGAGAUCCUUUCAGCUUCAGCAGCUGCUGGAGUCGCUGUUGCAUUUGGUGCACCAAUUGGUGGUGUUCUUUUUUCACUUGAAGAAGCUAGUUAUUAUUUUCCAAUGAAAACAAUGUUUCGAUCAUUUUUCUGUGCUAUGGUAUCAGCUAAUGUUUUGCGUAUUUUAAAUCCAUAUGGUAGUGAUAAUAUGAUUAUGUUCUAUGUCGAUUAUCAAGCACAAUGGCAUGUGAUGGAAUUAAUUCCAUUCGCUUUACUCGGUUUACUCGGAGGUAUUUUUGGUACAAUAUUCAAUCGUGCGAAUCUGUAUAUCUGUCGUUUGCGUAAAACCACCUGGUUAGGUAAAUAUCCUGUUCGUGAAGUACUUAUUGUUGCGUUAAUUACUGCUGUUCUUUCAUUUCCGCAUACUUAUCUUCGUAUGAAUACUAGUGAACUGAUUAAACUUUUAGUUAGUCGCUGUUCGCCAGGAUCUGAUUUCUCUCUGUGUGAUUAUCAUUAUAAUACAAGUAAUCCAAUGACUAAAGUAUAUCAGAACUACCCUGCCGGACCAUCAUUAUCUACAGCAAUGGUAUUGUUGGCAAUCGCAUUGAUUUUAAAACUUAUUCUAACUGUUUUCACAUUUGGUAUCAAAGUACCGACUGGUUUGUUUAUUCCAUCAUUAGCAGCUGGUGCAAUUAUGGGUCGUAUGUUGGGUAUAGCUACUGAACAGCUUGUUGUAGCGUAUGCAUCACAUCCAUUUAUUGUUAAAAUGUGUAAAUCGUCUCAACCGUGUAUUAAUCCAGGACUUUAUGCUAUGGUUGGAGCAGCGGCUACUCUUGGUGGUGUGACUAGAAUGACUAUAUCAUUAGUUGUAGUUAUGCUUGAACUAACUGGCGGUUUAAAUUAUAUAAUUCCAUUAAUGAUAGCAGCUAUGGUUAGUAAAUGGACUGGUGAUCGAUUAACGAAUGGUAGUAUUUACGAAGAGCAUAUACGAUUAAAUGAUUAUCCAUAUCUUGGAUCGUAUGAUGAAUUAGAUAAUACAUUAGUAGCAGCUGAUGUAAUGCAUCCACGUAGAGAUUCUAAUUCUCCUCUAUAUGUUGUUACACAAUAUGAUAUGACAGUUGGCGAUCUGGACCAAUUAGUAAGUAGAUGUGAUGUUAAAGGAUUUCCUGUUGUUGUUUCACAAGAUUCCCCAUAUCUAGUUGGAUGGGUUUCAAGAAGAGAGUUACGUUGGGCUUUAGAUCGUGAAAGAAAAUAUGAUUCAAAUAUUGUCGAUGAUUCGCCAGUUCAUUUUGCCACAUUUCAGCAAGUAUAUGCAGAUGAUAAUCAGGAAUUGACACCUGUCAACUUACAAAAUAUUGUUGAUUUGUCUCCUACAACGGUAUCGGAUCAUACACCAAUGGAAACAGUUUUGGAUUUCUUUAAAAAGUUAGGCCUCCGACAAAUCAUUGUUACACGUAAUGGAUGUCCUCUUGGUGUAUUGACCAAAAAGGAUAUACUUCGUCAUGUUCGUCAUCACAAUCCAAAUAAUCGUUAGACAGUAACUUCUAAAUUUUAACACAACAUUGUUAAUAUCCUUCCGGUUAUCUGCCACAAUUAUUUUUUGUGCUUAUCUAAACAAAAAACACAUGAAUAUUUGUUCGUUUAUUUAUUUAUAUUAUUUAACUGAUAAUUUCCAUUGAUUUUUGUUGUACGUGCUCCCUCCAUUAACCGUCAUUAUAUAUGGUCUGUAAAAUUUUCUUAGAAUGGUUACACGUACUUUUCAAAAAUUAUCUAUGAAUGAUAUAUGCUUUUAUACGUAAUGUAUAAUAAAUGAUCUCUUCUGUCUUCUAAUUUGUUAUUAACUUUCAGAAAAGACAUCAUUCCAGUUAUACUGUCCGAAAACUAUGACUGGUACAAGAAAGUACAUAGAUGGCACUAUUAGGUGACGUGAACGUUUGCAUAGUUCGAUGUGGAUUUCCUUUGCUGAGUAAUGUUAUAUGAUGUGUUGUGACUGAGUCCAUUGACAGUUUAAGCUUUCCUGUACAUUAUUGAAGAAUGAUAAGGUCUAGCUAAAGUACUUGUAGUGUCGGUUAUUUCGUUAAGCCCAUAGGCCUUAUUCUACAAUUCGGACAGGCCAACCUAUUCAUUCUACUUGAGUCAUAUUUUAACCUUAUUAAUUAUUCGCUUAUCAAUCUUGACUGCUUUCAUAUGGGCGUAUGUGUGUGUGCACUUCUUAUCCUAUUCAUCACAUGUCUGUAACUUAUUUUUGUGUAACUAUAAAUAUUAAUUAACGCUUGGUUAAAUAGGAGUUGGCUCACAUACCUUCCCCACUGCGCGUCGUUUCGCUUCACUCUUUUCCAUUCGCUUUAUAUACUAAAUAUAUG